GUCUUCCUAAUGUGAAUGAGAUCCAAUUGAUUUUGAAAACAUUUCCACAUGUGCACGAGAGGCAGAUAAUAGAAAUGUAAUAGGACGUUUCUAAACAAAAGUCUAAACUCGGGCUUCGAUAACCGAAUAAUACGUUAGCAAAGAAGACAAGCUUCCUGGAUGAGACGGUGGCUGAAGUGGCAGUUAUUCACUUUUGUUCACCUUGGACGUGCAUGUAACAAUAAGGAUUGUUUGCUCGUACUUGACAAAAUCCUGGGGGAGCGUUUGGUGUGGAGCACGUGACGGCAACGACUUCUGUAAAUGGUAAUGUGUGAAUUAUGUGAGUUUGCCCUAGUCUUGAACGUUUAUGGACUAAUUUACCUACUGCCACAAGUCGAUGACGUCACUAAAACCAUCACUUUGGGCUCUCAGUAAUCUUCACUGGACUGUUGCGCCACACAACGAUGCCAACUCAGUCUCUGCUGCCGUUUGUGGAGAGCCCGGAGGGACUCACCCAAGAGAAUUUGAUUAGCAACAGUGCCAGUAUUCCGGGUUCUGGCUCGAGCAUGACACCUCACGCUACCUGUCCCUCAAAGACUGAGGCAAAGUGCGGAGCAAAUGAGUUGCCAUCUUGUAUGUUUUGCGACAAGACAUUCAAGCACCAGGAUGAGGUGGGGCACCACGUUCUAACACAGCAUCCCACUACAUUUUUUGAGCCUACCGUGCUCAAAAUUGAAGCAGAAUUUAGGAUCCCGGGGCAGAGAUCCCGGCCCAAAUCGAGCAGCUAUGCGCUCGAUAAAGGGGAUGCCCACACAUGUAUCGUCUGCGGCCUGGUGUCGCAAGACGCAGGAGAACUGGAGACCCACCUGAGGAAACACAAGGACUACUUCACCUAUGGUUGCAAUGUGUGUGGGCGGCGGUUCAGAGAGCCCUGGUUCCUGAAAAACCACAUGAAGAUGCAUGGAAAGUCAGGAGCCAAGAGCAAGGCCAUGCAAGACCAGGAGGUCCCCAUCACAGUCAAUGGUGUUGUUCAAGAGACUGUUUCAGAGCCUGUAAUCACUGCCUAUAAAAUGUGCAUGGUUUGUGGUUUUUUCUUCCCAGACCACGACAGCUUGGUAGAACAUAGUAAAGUACAUAAUCGAGAGUUGGGGCCUACCAAAGAAGACUACUCUGAGUCAAAGGAAACUGCUACUAAAUCUUUGACCCAACAAAGUUUUUUUCACCUUCUCAAACUUAGGCCUUAUCCCGCAGGCAAAUCCUUGCAACCUGAAAGAACAUCCAAAUGGAUUCCUCAACUGGAUCCUUAUAACACAUUUCAGGCCUGGCAAUUGGCCACAAGGGGCAAGAUUGCAGUUGGUCCCGUUUCUACGAAAGAAAUGGGCCCGGAAGCCAGCACAGACAAUGAAGACUGCAUCUCUGAUAAAGAGCCAUUGAGCUCUGCAUCUACCUGGUCUGAUUGUCAAGGAGAUAAAAAUAUCAAAGAGGUUUUCAGCAGAGAGCUAAGAUCCCAGCGGCAGGCUGUGCCAACAAUCCUACAAAACAACUCACGACUUCCACAGAGAAGAUCCCUGAUGCAAAAAAGCAAAGAGAUUGACAGGCCCACCACAUGCGGGGAAUGCCAGCGUACCUUUAAGACUUACCACCAGUUAGUGCUUCACUCCAGAGUACACAAGCGUGAGGGAGGCAGAGAGGAGAGCCCCACUCCCUCAACUGAGGGAAUGUUGUCCAGAUCAGGUUCAGCAUACCGCAUCGAAGAUGAGGCUGAAGAAGGCUUCGACACAGGUGAGGAUGGCUUCUAUUCAUCUAAAGACCGUUCCAAAGACUGCAGCUACUGUGGAAAAUCUUUUCGCUCCAGCUAUUACCUCACAGUGCACCUGAGAACUCAUACAGGUGAGAAACCCUACGAGUGUGUAUAUUGUGACUACGCUGCCGCCCAGAGGACAUCCCUGAAAUAUCACCUGGAACGGCGUCACAAGGAUAAACCUUACGUGUAUGUCCCGACCAAACCUGUGACUCCGGUGCCCUCCCUGAGUGACAGGAAUGGAAAUUCAGCAGUGAAAAGAUCCAAACUUUGGCUUGCGGUGCCCAAGGAAGAAACACAGGAUAAGUUGCCAACCACUGAUGGUGAGCUAGAAAAAGCGACCGUGCAGGAUGAAGAAGAACAUAAGAAAGUAGAAAUUCCUAAUCAAGCUUUCGAGCCAACUAAGAAUGUUAGCAUAAAGUGCCCUGUAGCUGUUAAUCUGACGGUGGAAAAGGAGGAGAUAAAAAAUGAGAACUGCGAGGCCCCAUUAAAUCUGUCCUUAAAAAUGUCUCUCUCAGUCCCUGCCAGCACACAACCCAAAAAUGCAUUAAUUUCAUCUGUGUGUUCGUUUUGCACAUAUAAAACCAUCUACCCAGAGGUUCUUAUUAUGCACAAAAGGCUGUCUCACAAAGAUGAGUGCAAUGGUGCAAGAAAGAUUACUUACGGCAAGCAGAAACGCCUCACAGGCUGCCCACCUGCGCUCCAAGGAAAAGACGUCAUCCCGCUUACUAUGAUUGACAGGCGUCACCCUCGCCGAACUAAGUCCCCUCCUCCGCAACCUGCAAAACCCAAAGAAAUGAAAACUACCAACCUCUCCCAUGCUCCAAAGCUGAUCCAUGCACCUAUUUACGUUGGUCCCCAUGAGAGAAAACAUGUAACAGACAAAGAGGAGUCAAAGCCUAUCAAAGAGUCUGCUCGAUUAACUGAGCAGGUAAGAAAUUCUAGCCAGUUAGGCUUGUACCAGAAUGAGCGACCGACAACUACCUUCACCACAGUGGCAGCUGCUGAAAAGAGUUUCCCCGAAAGAAGCGCCGCCAUGUGGAAAUCUGAUGCUGCCCACCUCUUCCUCUCCAGCCAGUUUGGGAACCUGCCCGGGAUUGGUGAGCCAUCCAGCAAAAGGUUAAAGCAAACUCUUCCUGCAGUUGGUGUCGAUGUUGGUUUUAGAGCACCAUCAACUAGCAAUGAACCUAAUAGGCUGCAUCAUCAAAGGGAUGGUGUAAAAACUACGUCACAAGGGUUGCAUCCAGCUGUGAACACCUUGGCUCCAAGAAAGGGCACAUCCAUGGCCAUUGGAGUAGGUAUGGUCGCUGACUGGAACAUGAUGAACCUCUUGCAUGCCUGUACCCCCAACAACCUGGCAUCACUCUACCAUGGCGUCCCAGUGAGCCAAAACCGCAUGGGGCAGACUAACCCAAGAACAGGGGGCAGAAGUGUGCUGUUCCAAAAUUUACCUUCGCUUCCCCGACUGCCAAGGAGAGAGAAACCGUCCCCCAUCCCUAAUCAACACUAUGGGACCUCUGAUAAUACGAUAUAAAAGUUCAAAGCACACUAAAGGACUUCUGAAAGUCUUCUUUCUUUGUACCAGAGAAAUGAGUCCUUUUGAUUAUCUGAAAUGAUUUUUUAUAUGCUGCUACCUUAUUUCGUUAACAAAAGUGUUAGGCAUUAUGCUCCCCAUUUCCAGCAGAAACCGGGGUGGUGGGGGCGGGGGGGUGCAUUGUUAUAUUUUAGUGCUCAGAAGGUUCCAUUCCUUUUCCUACCCACACUAAUAUGUGGUAAAUUCGGAUGAACAUUUGUGUGGGUGUUUAGUGCACGUCUUGUAAACAAAUGCUGUCUGAAAUUUUGCUGCCAAGUUCAUCAAUUGGAGCUUCUCUCGCAAAGCUCUGACCAGUCACUUUGUUAUAUCAAACCUUUGAGGCACUAGGUGGAAUUUAUGAGUUGUAGUAGAUUCACAUGGUAUGUCAAGAGGCGACCCUCCCAUUUCCCCCGCCUAGGAUUCUGAUGAUCUGCUAGCUUUUCUAUUUGACUGAGGGUGUUCUGUUCUGUUUUUUUUUUUUUUUUUUUUUUUUUUUUAAAUGGUCCUCAUGUUUGGUGGUCGUUUGAGCUGUAUGUUGUUGCUCCAUGGCACACUUUCUGUCACUUUUCAGGAAUUGCAGACUUUAAAAUCCUAUUUUGUUUCAUACAACAGCUGUUAACAUUAACACAUGACUUGGUUCUCAGGGCCAAUUUGGUAAGGUGAAUAAAACAUCUCAGAUUUGUGCCACUUUGAAAAAUUGAGAUUAAGUUAUUUGUUGUUUUUUUCUCGACUUGUGUAAUUAAAAUGAAAUAUAUUGUUUGAGAUUUGUAUUACACUUUAAAUAAAGAGAGCCAAAGAGCUGCAUAUAAAAUGUUUCAC